ACGAACAAGAACCCGAGCGCCCGACGCACGCGUCACCGAGGAAGGCCGAGCGGCCGGAGAGCGAGCACGAGCGAGAGGUAGAGCGUCGAGGCGGCGGCGGGAGGCCGGAGGCGACGAGGAGGCCCACAGGAUGUCGUCGGUGUACGUGCUCGAGCCUCCGACGAAGGGGAAGGUGGUGGUGCAGACGACGGCCGGCCCUCUCGACAUCGAGCUGUGGCCCAAGGAGGCCCCCAAGGCGGCGCGCAACUUCGUGCAGCUGUGCCUCGAGGGCUACUACAACGGCACCCUCUUCCACCGAGUCAUCAAGUCCUUCCUCGUCCAGGGCGGCGACCCCACCGGCUCCGGCACCGGGGGUGAGAGCAUCUACGGGGCACCAUUUGCAGAUGAGUUCCAUUCGCGGUUGAGGUUUAACCACAGGGGUCUAGUGGCGUGCGCCAAUGCUGGCACAUCUCAUUCGAACGGCAGUCAGUUCUUUAUCACCCUUGACCGCUGCGAUUGGCUUGAUAAGAAAAAUACCAUCUUCGGGAAGGUUACUGGUGAUUCUAUUUUCAACCUUCUUGCCUUGGCUGACAUUGAGACCGAUAAGGAUGAUCGACCUGUGUAUCCGCAGAAAAUUCUUUCAGUCGAGGUUCUCUGGGACCCAUUUGAGGAUAUUAUUCCAAGGAAACUUAAGAAGCCUGAGUCUGCUGCCAAGGCUGAUGCUGAGGCGAAACCUAAGAAGAAAGCAGUUAAGCAACUUAAUAUACUCUCGUUUGGAGAUGAAGUAGAAGAGGAGGAGAAUGAGGCAGCUUCCUCUGUUAAGGACAAAAUAAAAAGUAUUCAUGAUGUGUUGGAUGAUCCCCGUUUUCUUAAAGGGGAACCAGAGGAUGGACAGCUGUCCAAGGAGCAAGAGGAGAAGAAAAAAGAUACUGUUCUGUCUGUCAGGGAGGCUUUGAUCUCAAAGAAAGUUGACUCAAGAGAGCCAGAGCAUGCUCCAGAAACUGAUGAUUACCCUGAAGACGAGAAUGAAGAGGAUUUUGACAAUAGAAUGCGUUCACAAAUCCUAAGAAAGCGUAGAGAGCUUGGUGAUAUUUGCCCUCAUGAAACCUCUAAAACAGAUAAACCACAUCGGAAGGAUAGGGAAUUACCAGCUCACAGGAGUGAUAAUGACGACGAUGAUGAGGAUGAUCAGGAGAGUCAGUUACAAAAGUCUAAAAAACUAUCCUUGAAGAAAAAGGGUAUCGGCUCAGAAGCCAUUGCCGAAAGGAUGUCCAAAGCAGAUGCUAAUCUGCAACUAUUAAAUCCAGCUGAACGAGAGAGACAUUUGCAAAAACAGAAGAAACGCCAGGUCCAAGGCCGUGAAGAUGAGACUUUAGCAAAGUUACAGAAGUUCAAGGCUUCUUUCCUCAGUACAAACCGUGCUACUGAUAUCACGGAAAAGGAGGCUGAUGAGGUGGAGGAUUACACAGGGUGGCAUACCAACCGGCUAACUUUUGUGUCUGAUUCUUCAAAGGAUGGAAUGGCUAGGAAAGAUGAUCCAGAUGACUAUGUAGUGGUUGAUCCUCUUCUGGAGAAAGGAAAACAAAAAUUCAAUAAGAUGCAAGCAAAGCUUAAGCGGAGGGAGCGUGAAUGGGCAGGCAGAUCUCUCACCUGAUCAGCGAUCUGCUUGAUGUACGUUAAUGUUCCCUUCUUUCUUAUUGGCCGUUGAUGGUACUGCAUUACAUCUGCGUUUCCUGUUACUCUUGCUAACUUAGUAGCAUUUGACUGUCAUUUUCCCUAAGUUGUGCACCGGCCGUUGAUGGUACUGCAUUACACACAAUGCAACUGCAGCAAUUUUGGCUUGGUCUUUGCGCGUACAGGUCACGGCAGUUGAUGUUAGAGUGACCAUCUAUACACUAACGUUUUUUUUUUAUCUUUUUGGUGUCUGUAUCAUGAUUUUCCAAACUGUAAAUGCAACUGUAAAGUUCAUUUU